AUGGCUGGCGCCCCUCAGCUGCCUUCUCCAGGUGGCUGGCGCCCCUCAGCUGCCUUCUCCAGGUGGCUGGCGCCCCUCAGCUGCCUUCUCCAGGUGGCUGGCGCCCCUCAGCUGCCUUCUCCAGGUGGCUGGCGCCCCUUAGCUGCCUUCUCCAGGUGGCUGGCGCCCCUCAGCUGCCUCCUCCAGGUGGCUGGCGCCCCUCAGCUGCCUUCUCCAGGUGGCUGGCGCCCCUCAGCUGCCUUCUCCAGGUGGCUGGCGCCCCUCAGCUGCCUUCUCCAGGUGGCUGGCGCCCCUCAGCUGCCUUCUCCAGGUGGCUGGCGCCCCUCAGCUGCCUUCUCCAGGUGGCUGGCGCCCCUCAACUGCCUUCUCCAGGUGGCUGGCGCCCCUCAGCUGCCUUCUCCAGGUGGCUGGCGCCCCUCAGCUGCCUCAUCCAGGUGGCUGGCGCCCCUCAGCUGCCUUCUCCAGGUGGCUGGCGCCCCUCAGCUGCCUCCUCCAGGUGGCUGGCGCCCCUCAGCUGCCUCCUCCAGGUGGCUGGCGCCCCUCAGCUGCCUCCUCCAGGUGGCUGGCGCCCCUCAGCUGCCUCCUCCAGGUGGCUGGCGCCCCUCAGCUGCCUCCUCCAGGUGGCUGGCGCCCCUCAGCUGCCUCUUCCAGGUGGCUGGCGCCCCUCAGCUGCCUCCUCCAGGUGGCUGGCGCCCCUCAGCUGCCUCCUCCAGGUGGCUGGCGCCCCUCAGCUGCCUCCUCCAGGUGGCUGGCGCCCCUCAGCUGCCUCCUCCAGGUGGCUGGCGCCCCUCAGCUGCCUCCUCCAGGUGGCUGGCGCCCCUCAGCUGCCUUCUCCAGGUGGCUGGCGCCCCUCAGCUGCCUUCUCCAGGUGGCUGGCGCCCCUCAGCUGCCUUCUCCAGGUGGCUGGCGCCCCUCAGCUGCCUUCUCCAGAUGGCUGGCGCCCCUCAGCUGCCUUCUCCAGAUGGCUGGCGCCCCUCAGCUGCCUUCUCCAGGUGGCUGGCGCCCAUCUUAUGUUUGGCUCUGACUCCUUUAAACCACUAUCUCUAA